CACCAGCUGAGAGGCAGUCUGUGGGGACCUGCUGACUGGAGCCCUCGCUGCCAAGCUGCCGUCUCCUGGUAUGAUGAGUUCCAGAGGCUCUAUGACACCAUCCCCUGUGUGGAAGUGCAGGCCCUGAAGGAGCACAGUGACCAGGUUUUGCACCUCAGCUUCUCCCACUCUGGCUAUUUGUUUGCAUCGUGCUCCAAAGACUGUACGGUCAAGAUCUGGAGCAAUGAGUUGGACAUCUCCCUGCAGCACAGCUCCAACAUGAGGCCAUACAACUGGAGCUACACACAGUUCUCCCAGUUCAACUCUGAUGACUCCCUCCUUCUGGUGUCAGGUGUCUUUGUGGGGCCUCACAACUCCUCCUCAGGAGAGAUUGCUGUAAUCAGCAUGGAGAACUUCACACUGCUUUCCAGGGUGAGGAAUAAACCCUAUGAUGUGUUUGGCUGCUGGCUGAAUGAAACCAACUUGAUAUCUGGCAAUCUGCAUCGGAUUGGGCGUAUAACCUCCUGUUCUGUGCUGUGGCUGAACAAUGCUUUCCAGGGCAUAGAGUCUGAGAAUGUGAAUGUAGUGAAGAGACUCUUCAAAAUCCAGAACCUGAAUGCCAGCACUAUCCGGACCGUGAUGGUGGCUGACUGCAGCCGGUAUGAUUGCCCGGACCUGCUCCUGGACUACGAGGAGCAGCUAGCUGCUUCUUCCACCUGCCCAGUCUUUGAUCUUGGCAGUGACAGUGAGGAAGAGGAGGCCAAGCCCAAGCAGACUCCGGAGCCAGCAGUACAGGAAUUGCCAGAUGAAGGGGGUGUGACAGCAGAGGACGGGCUGCAGCAGUUCUUUGAUGAUAUCAUGGAGGGCCGUGUGCGGCCUGCCAUGACCGAGACAGAGCUGGAGACGAAGGUGGCUGAGCUGUUUGUACGUAACAGAACUAAACCGCCUGAGCUGAACCUGCUCUCCGCGGACAGCAACAGCAAGACAAAAUACUUGAUCUUCACCACAGGAUGCCUCACCUACUCCCCACACCAGAUAGGGAUUAAAAGGAUCCUGCCCCAUCAGAUGACGACUGCCGGGCCGGUGCUUGGGGAGGAAAGGCGCUCGGAUGAGUUCUUUGACUCACUGGAUCACGUCAUUGACAUCCAUGGGCACAUCAUCGGCAUGGGCCUCUCCCCUGACCACAGGUACCUGUACGUGAACAGCCGUGCCUGGCCUCGGGACUGCAUCAUCUCCGACCCAAUGCAGCCACCCCCCAUCGCCGAGGAGAUCGAUCUGCACGUGUUCGACCUGAAGACAAUGAAGGAGGUGAAAAGAGCCCUCCGCGCGCAUCGGGCCUACACACCCAACGAGGAGUGCUUCUUCAUCUUCCUGGACGUCAGCAGGGACUUUGUGGCAAGUGGGGCAGAGGAUCGUCAUGGCUAAAUCUGGGACCGGCACUAUAACAUCUGCCUGGCCAAACUGCAACACGACAAUGUGGUCAACUCCGUGGCAUUCAGCCCGGUGGAGCAGGAGCUGCUCCUGACAGCCAGCGACGACACCACCAUCAAGGUGUGGCGCUCCCCUCGUGCCGUGCGUGUCCAGCAGGCCAGGAAGCCCAGGCCCAGAAAACUGCUCUUCUCCUGGCUCAUGAACCAGAAAAGCUGAACCCAGGUACACCGGCUCCUGCAGCUUCCUCACUGCAGCCACCUCCUCUGGAGCUUGCAGAGCUUUGAGCCCUGCACAACAGAGAUGAGCUCUGGGCAUGCGAAUCCCAUCUGCCGAGUCAGGAGGGACCCCAGUAGUGGGAAUUGCUUCCUCCUUGGAGCAUCUGCUUCAAAGACAGAACGUAAGAGCCAAGGGCCUGUUCCUGGGCCUGGCGGGCAGCAGCCUGAGCUGGUCACUGCAGGGUGGGCUCCCCACAGCUUCUCACGAACGCUGCUACUUGGUCACAGCUCUCUCUCUAGGUGAGCUUUGGUCUCCAAAACCAGGCUGAGACGUGUUUCCAGCAUUUGUACUGUGUGAGCCUGGGACGUGGCUGACCUCGCUGAGAGCUACCGGCUGCAGAGCACUUGGCAGAAGCCAUGGUACAGUGCUGUGCUGCCUUACUGCAGGACUCUAUUAAAAUAGUAGUUUUAUUAACGUUUGUUUGUCCCAAACCUCCACGGGCAACUCGUCUGGCUGCUGGGCAAUGGCCGAAUGUCUCCUCCCAUGGGGUGUCGUGGCCCUGGGGGGCAGCAGGGAGGGGAGAGUAGGGGGGAGGCAGGACUGGGUGGGGGCCUGGCUGGUGUCUGGUGUGACCCCCAGGGGCGCAGCCAGUUCCCUGGUGAUGCCUCCUGUUAGCGCAGCUACGUGUCAGUAUCACCAGUGUCCAACCUUGAGAGCGGGGAGGGCUGGUGGUGACACGGUGCUGGCAUUGCCUCUGUCUUCCUCUGCAACGUAGCACUUAAAUAAGCUAUGGCAUGAGUAACGUAUUUAUUCUAGGGGAUCUGCUGUCCCUCCCUGGGGCAGCCGUGAGGAUGGCUGGCAGGUCUCAUGGUCACCUCCCACCCACGCUACUUGAGUCGUGACACUUUAGCUUCUCUUGGUUUAUUCUCAGUGGUGUGGGCAACCGUGGGUGGCUGCGGGUGUUCACCCACAGGCAGCCGGGGGAAUGCAGCCCUCCUCUGCCUGAAGCAACAGUUGAAUAAGCUUCCUUCCACCGGGGCUGGCUUGCCGUGGGUUUGGUGAUCAGCUCCUCCCAGGGAUGCCUCUGAUGGUGGAGCUGCCUCACUUGAAGCAAUUGCAAACUCAGUGGUGUUUACUAUGUGUGUCUGUCCCUGAGGCUUUUCUCCCUCCGGCAGGUACCCAGAUGUAAGAGUCUAAAAUUAUGCUCCUAAUCUUGGCUUGGCUGGCAUGGCUGGGGCUGGCAGCGACCCCAGGAGCUGCAGUCACUCCUGGGAGCUGGGCUCUGGGCUGCGUCUGGAGAGGAGCCACGUCCCUGCCAGGGCCUGGGGGAGGCGUUUUGGGACUCCCCUGGGAGCAUGGGGGCAGCUGUCUGUGCCACUCACAGCCGUGGGUUGCAGACAGACUCAAGGGAGGUAGCAGAUCCCAUCCUGAUUUGCACUGAUGGCUUUACCAGCUCCUGCAGCCCUUGGUGGGAGGGUUUGUACUCUUGUUCUGCUCUGCCCCAGGAGGGGCCCGUGGCUUUAUCCAAAACCCUUGUACUCAGGUUUUCUGUCAUUGUAGGACUUCCAGAACCAAGGGAGUCCCCUUGUGUGUGUGUGUGCGUACACAGGACCCACAUCCUUGUCCAGUCACACAGCAAAGGAACAGCCUCUGCCUUCCUUCCUCCUCUCCCAAGAUUGUGAAAUCUCUUCUUCCUUGGCUCGGCGUAGCGGUGAGCAAGGCACUGAGGGGUUAUGUUUGUACUGAGUUUUGCUCUUCACUAUGGCAUUGAAUAAAUAUUCUGCUAAAGCAUCUCUGCAAUGCCAGUUUGUUUUUCUGAAGCAGAAUUGAGGCCAGAAGUGGCAUCUGCUGGGUGCUGCAGAGUGACCAGGGUGGUGUUAACCUGCCCUGGGGCUGGGGUGCAGGCAGGAGGCUGUGAAACAAUAGGAGGGGAGGAGAGAGACAGAGAUUUGCCCAAAUCUUUGCCCUCUGGGAGGAGUACAGGAUAGCCCUGGGGAAGGGGAGCAGCAGUUCAUGGCAGCCUCAGGAAAGCCCUGCUCUGCCCAGGCCAAGCACUGCAGGCCAGGCCAUGGGCUGGAGCAUCCCGGGUUCUCUGUGGCCCUCCUUGGCUUCUCAUUUUCCCAAGCACUGAUGCUGGCCAAGUAAGCAGGGAGCAAGCGCCGGGGCUAGCCCCGUGCUGCAGCAGCAGUGGGAGCUGCAGUGCCCACAUCCCCUUACAGCCUUUUGCCCUCUUGGUGCCUUGCGCAGCAGUUGCACCUGCAAGAAGGGGUCUGGCUGCUUCUGGAGGGGAGAGCCCCCUUGGGUACCCCUUGUGUUGGGCUCCACUACAGCCAUGGGGGUAGAGGCAGCUGCUGCUGCUUCCCAGCAUGGGUUUAGUCCCUGGGCUGGUGCUAUAGCCCCAGAGGGGCAGGAUGGGGCCCAGCACAGGCACUUGGCUCCUAACAGCUACGGGAACCCAGCCUGUCCUCAAGGAACCCUGGCUG